GUUUAGAUACAUGCAAAUUAAAUGGAUGUUGCGAAUGUGUCUGACUUUGGUUUGAGCAAAUUUAGUUAGUCUAAAGUAAGCAAUUCUUAAGCACUUUUAUGCGGAUUAAGAAAAUAGAAAAACCAUCAUAAUGGCUUAUUCAUGGGAUAACCGUGUGGAUUUUGUUGUGCGGUACAUGUAUGAUAUAGAUAAUAACGGAUUUUUGGAUCAAAAUGACUUUCUUUGCAUGGCAGUAAGAGCAUGCGUGGUUGAAGGAAAGGGAGAUUGUAGCAGUUCUCGGCUGGAUGACUAUAAAAAACUUAUGACCAAUUUAUGGGAUGAAAUUUCAGCCAUUGCUGACGAUGAUAAGGAUGGAAAAAUAUCUAAUCAAGAGUUUAAAGAUGCGGUCAAGAAAACUUGUGUGGGCAAAAAGUAUGAAGAAUUCCCCCAGGCGAUGAGAGCAUUCAUUGAAUCCAACUUUAAACUGCUGGAUAUAGAUAGUGAUGGAAUAGUGGGAGUAAAAGAAUAUCGUUAUAACUGUAUAACAAGAGUAGCCAUCGAUGAUAUUUCCCCCAUAGACAAAGCGUUCGAAACGUUACUGAAUGAUGAAGAUCGAAAACGCGGAGGCCUCUCAUUAGAACGCUAUAAGGAACUUUAUGGUCAAUUUUUGGGAAACACAGCUGAUAACCAUCCAGCAGUAAACCUUUUUGGUCCUUUAUAAUCACUUAAAAUUUAAUUGUCUUCGCUGUUGUUCAACUACUAUUUUAUUAAGUUUUAUUUGUAAUUACUAUGACUAUAAAUUUACUACCACUAAGAUAUAAAGCAUUCACAUCAUUUUGUGUAGAAUCGUCAGAUAAAGAGUUCGUUAACUUUAAAUUUGUAUAACUAGAUAGGUCAAUUUGCUCUCAGAAGUUUAAAAUAGUAUGCAAAUAUAUGUUGAUUUGCUCUCAUACAAAGGCUCUUAAGUAAUUUGCCCCACUCUCGAAACCUGCAAGAUGUAAUUAUAUUGUUGCGUUAUAAAGAAAUUGUAAUAAGCUUAGCCAACAAAAUAAAUCAAUACUUAAAUACCAGCUAAACAAAAAAAAUUAAA